GUUUCUCCACCGAUCGCGCGAACUUAUGCGGAUAGUGAUGACGAUCAUGAUCUUGACUUCAAGCCUUUAGCGAAAGAGGUUUGCGGAAGCGUUUCAUCUUCCCUUGAUGCGCUAGGUUCGAGAACGAUGUUCGCGUCAAGCGAUCAACACAGCUACAUCGAGGCAAGCGGAACUAUGGAGGGAAUCAUGGGUAGCAGUAUGGUCCUGGAUGAAACAAGUACUAGCAUAGUAGGUAACGCUCCAGCCAAAUUAUCGGACAAACUGUCGCGCAUUGACAUGCGGCGAGAGGCUAGGCG